UGUGCGUCUGCGCCUGUCGCGACAACAAUGAGUGGCGAUCAACUCGGUCUCUAUGCGAGUUUCUGCCCAUAGCGCUCACUGUCGUGAUAGAUAGGAUUAGGUCUCUGCUUUUCGCUGCCUCUACACCCGUGCCUGCCUCUUGCGGCUGGCCUCGUUUCGCCACAGCUGCCUCGCAGGCCCUCGAACACCGUUACACAAUUCACAAGCAGAACCUGCAAGCUCGCGUGUUCGAGACACCAUGGCUGGCACGACACCCGACAUCACCUCCAUCCUCAAGAUGCUCGGCGAUACUGCGCAGCGACCGGCGGCUGCGACUCCGACGCAGGGCCAUUCGGGCGUCUCCCAGCCGCAUUUGCCCUCGGGAUACGCACCUCCGACGCAGAACCCUUACCAACCGCCGCCCGCAUCAUACCAAGCGCAUCCUUCUGCCUAUGCAUAUCCGCAGCCGUCAUCGACCGGGAACAUCGAUCUUAGCACCAUUCGCCCAGUCGACUCGGGCACAGUACCGACCAAUCUUAACGACGCCAUUGCCCGAAUGAAGGCGUUUGCCGAAGAACGGGGGAUCACACCGUACGACCGAUACGCUGCAGCCUACCCUGAUGCGCGCGAAGCCGACUCGAGGCCCUAUCAGCGUCCCAGAUCCAAGAGCCCCCGAGGCCGGGAGUCUUAUCGCGACAAUUUCAACCCGUACCGCGACGAGAGGCGGGCCGACCACGCACAAGGCCGCGACUAUGGCCGCGAGCGCUCCUACUCUCCCGGCAGGGGCCGCCAGGGCUUUUCGCCGCGUGGCGCGCACAGUGGAGGCCGCGAGCGUGACCGGUCCCCGCUGCGGGCCAAGGACGACAAUUCCGAGAUGAUGGAGAUUGAGGCGAGCCUUGUCGGGCUCAUCAUCGGCCGCCAGGGCGAGAACCUGCGGCGUGUCGAAGGCGAGAGUCGCUGCCGUGUGCAGUUCAUCCCACCUACCGGCCAGAACGACCAGUACCGCCUCUGCAGGAUCACCGGCCCCCGCCCACAGCGCGAAGAGGCCAAGGAGAUGAUCAACCGCAUCAUUCGCGAUAGCGGCUUGCGGGGCGGUCCAGAUCGCGGCCGUGAUGGCGGGCGAGGGCCUGUGCCUCCGGUCCCCAAGGACGGCGAGGACAGCCUGCAGAUCAUGGUCCCUGAUAGAACCGUGGGCCUGAUCAUUGGCCGUGGUGGGGAGACGAUCCGUGACCUCCAGGAGCGGAGUGGCUGCCACAUCAACAUCGUCAGCGAGAACAAGAGCGUGAACGGCCUUCGUCCCGUCAACCUCAUCGGCCCCCCCGCUGCUGCUCGCCAUGCCAAGGAGUUGAUUCUGGAGAUUGUGGAUAGCGACAGCAGGAACGGUAACAACCCCGCGAUUGCGCGUGGUGGUCGCGGUGACAACUACGGCGGCGGAGGACCCGACAAGGUCAACGAUUCCAUAUACGUGCCCUCGGAUGCCGUAGGGAUGAUUAUCGGCAAAGGUGGGGAGACGAUCCGCGAAAUGCAGAACAUGACCGGAUGCAAGAUCAACGUGCUGCAGCCGUCGGGACCUGGCGAAGUGGAGCGCGAGAUCGAGCUGGUCGGCUCCCGGGACGCGAUCGCCCAAGCGAAGCGCGCCAUUGAGGACAAGGUUGAUGCCGCGAGGCAGAAGUCUGCUGGCGGCGGACGUGGCCGUGGCCAGCACCGUGAUUAUGACAACCCCAACUACGGUCAACCUUCUGACACCCGCAGCGUCGCUCCGAGCGUGCCAUCGGGGUCCGCGGCCCCAGCUGCUGCCGGCACCGCCAAUCAAGCGGAUCCAUACGCCAUAUACGGAGGCUACGAAAACUACCUUGCUCUCUGGUGGCAAUCCCAGCUUGCUGCCCAACAGGCUCAGGGCCAGGGAGGCGCCAGCCAGGCCCCUGGGACCUCGUAAAGUCGCCAUUGCUCCCAGAUUUCGCUGACGCGCUUGAUGUUGACCCGCCCAAGCAAGCCGUUGAAUGCGCCUUGAGCAUGCCGUCGCCAUUCCUCGAUGCUGCCCUUGACCCUUGCGUC